UGCAACCAAAAAUGACGUCCUAUUUGGAGCGCAUGACAGAUUACUUCAAAAACAAUGGAAAAACUCGCGAAUUCUCUGCACAUUCUUCAAAAGUUCAUUCCGUUGCAUGGAAUUGUGAUGGAAGGAAGUUGGCAUCUGGUUCCUAUGAUAAAUCAGUGAAUGUGUUCCACCUGGAUAGGGAUAGAUUAUCGAAAGAUGUCACAUUUAGAGGACAUAGUGACAGUGUUGACCAGCUCUGCUGGCAUCCCAAACAUCCAGACCAACUAGUUACAGCCAGUGGUGAUAAAACAAUUCGUCUUUGGGAUGCAAGGUCAAACAAGUCUAUAGCCACAGUCAAUACUAAAGGGGAAAACAUCAAUGUUUGCUGGUCACCAGAUGGUAACACAAUAGCUGUGGGAAACAAAGAUGACCUCAUCACAUUUAUUGAUGCAAAGACUCAUCGGUCUCGACUUGACCAGCAGCACCACUUUGAAGUCAAUGAGAUCUCGUGGAAUGUUGAUGGGGACUUGUUCUUGAUGACCACAGGGCAGGGAAAUAUACAUGUCCUCAGUUACCCAGAUGCCAAACCUCAAACUGUCCUAAACGGUCACCCUGCCAACUGCAUCUGUAUAGAGAUGGAUCCCAAAGGUGUCUACUUUGCUGCCGGAAGUGCCGACGCUCUUGUUAGUAUCUGGGAUGCUAAAGAGCUGGCGUGUGUCAGGACUAUAUCGAGGUUAGAGUGGCCUAUCCGGUCCUUGAGUUUCAGCCAUGAUGGGAAAAUGUUGGCAUCAGCGUCAGAAGAUCUCAUUAUUGACAUAUGUGAGGCAGACACAGGUAAUAAGAUUUCGACAGUUCAAGUCGAAUCUCCGACAUUCACCAUUGCAUGGAAUCCCAAGAAACCGUUGCUGGCGUUUGCUUGUGAUGAUAAGAGUGACAGAGAUCGGGAUAGAGAUGCUGGUACAGUCAAACUGUAUGGUCUUCCUGGGGACCAUUAGAGUUGGGUGACUUGUUGUGACUGCAAUAUGACCCCCUAUGGCAUAGGAUCUGAGGAUGCCAAGUUGACAAUGCGAUGAUGUAAGGAGCUGGCUCAGCUAGGGAAAACGCAGUUAGAACAACAGACUGUAUGCAGAAGUGAAACUGAUUCUAUGACACAAUUAAGUUGUAAAAGCUGUGUUUAUUUAAGCUUUGAAUGGUUCUGUGAAUGAUACCAUAUUAGUGAAGAUCUGGCUCUGGUCCAGUAACCUGAUAUGUGUCAGGUGACCACUGAGUUUAUGGUAACCUGUACUGUCCAUUGAUAGCAACAUGAAUCUGAUAUUAGGCAGGUGGUGUGCCAUCAGCUAUCUAUAACAAGAAGUACCAUAUGUGUCUUUAUAGUGUGAAUGCCAUAAUAGAGGAGCUGGAUUUCUUUUCCUGGGCUUUUUCACAGAUUUGUGGACAUUAAAAAUUCUUAUCCUGAUUCAAAACAUACUGAAAUUGAGCUUCUUGGCUAUAAAACAAUCAGUUUGUGAACAUUUGAAACUCUUAUUGUUACUAUCAACAUGUUCCAAAGAGUACUUCUUUGAUACUUAUUCUUUUUUAGUGUAAAGGUGCACACAAAGUGCCUGUUAGGACAAAUACACAAGCUAUUCAUGAUGCUGGGUAAAAGAUGUUUUUGCCCUUUAAGUCUUGAACAAUUGUGAAAAUAUAUUUUCAAUUAAUUUCUUCAUAUUUCAAAGCCAAUUUUUAGAAUGACCAAAGAAAGGAAUAUUUCUUCUGCUAGUUUGAUUGGAUUUAGUUGAACUAUGGUAUUGAAAGUUUGCUAUAGAUCAUAUUGUUUAUUGCACAGUUUUGUAUUAUGUAUAUAAGGUAUGUGAAACAACAUGUAGUAUUUUUAAAGUUAACUUGUAAAUUCAAUGAUAGUAAUAAAGUAAAGAAACAAUUCACAACUGCCUUAUAACAUAUUUCAGUUCACUUAUUUCAAAUCGAUAAGAGGUGAAGGCUUAUAGUUGUGCCAUUCUGUUGAAAACUCAUUCACUAUGUGAGGAAAGCAUGAAACUGUAUUACUACUCUUUGUAGAAUUAUGUCUGUUUCAGAGAAAAAAUAGCCAAGUCUCAUCAUCCAAAAUGGCUGUAACCAUGCGUUUUCAUGUUCAGCAUUUCAAAGGGUUUUAGUGGUUGGAAUUUAUUGGAAAUAUCUUGUUAUAUACAGUUAUCUAAUGGUUAUGUGGGUAACAUUAUAACCAUAUACAUUCAUCUCAUUGUUAUGUGGGUAACAUUAUAACUCUUUACAUUCAUCUCAUGGUUAUGUGGGUAACAUUAUAACAGUAUACAUUCAUGUCAUUGUUAUGUGGGUAACAUUAUCACGGUAUACAUUCAUGUCAUUGUUAUGUGGGUAACAUUAUAACCAUAUACAUUCAUCUCAUUGUUAUGUGGGUAACAUUAUAACUCUUUACAUUCAUGUCAUGGUUAUGUGGGUAACAUUUUAACCGUAUACAUUCAUGUCAUGGUUAUGUGGGAACAUUAUAACAGUAUACAUUUAUCUCAUUGUUAUGUGGGUAACAUUUUAACCGUAUACAUUUUUCUCAUGGUUAUGUGGGUAACAUUUUAACCGUAUACAUUUUUCUCAUGGUUAUGUGGGUAACAUUAUAACAGUAUACAUUCAUGUCAUGGUUAUGUGGGUAACAUUUUAACCGUAUACAUUUUUCUCAUAGUUAUG